AUGCGAGUCUCCUCUCUGUACAUCAAGGCCUUGAGCCUGGUCUUUCUCUCAUUUGCCAAUGCUCAAACCCUCCCUGAAGACUUGGCCAAUGCAAUCGCAAACUACUCGUCACUCUCCCUCUUCCGCUCCCUCAUCGGUACUGCUCCUCAAGCGCUGAGCCAAUCGCUAUCUGACAAAAGCAGUAACAUCACCGUCUUGAUUCCCACAGAUGAUGCCAUCAAGAGCUACCUCAAAAAUUCUGGUGUAUCAGACGUGACUGAACUCAAUCAGACAGAUCUUCAAGUCUUCUUCUCAUACCACAUCCUCUCUGCUUCGCUUGCCUCUUCUGAUUUUGAUGACCCUCGGGGCCUGUCCGUACCCACACUGCUGGAUGAUUCCCAGUUCAACAACAGAAGUGCGGGUCCUCAGAUCCAGAGCCAGUUUGGAGAGGAUGCCGGUGGCCAGAUAGUCUUUGCUUCGAAGGAAGAAAAAAUUGGUAAACGAGCGAAUGGCGAUUUCACUGGUGCGACGGUUAGCCUGCGGGCUGGCUUGGCCCAAAAUGUCAAGAUGACUGCCGUGGACGGAUCCUGGGGAUCCAAGAACGUCAAUUCAUUUCAGAUUGUUGACAAGGUCCUGCAACCACCCCGAUCUUGCUCCACCACUGUCCAGACCGUCAAAGACAGCAGACUUGACGGCUUGAACGGCGCCUUGAUCAAAGCGGAGCUAUGGCCUGCCCUGGACGCCUCACGAAACGUCACUUGCUUAGCGCCAUCAACUCAAGCGUUCAAAGAUGCAGGAAAUCCUGACGUUGCGCUAUCAAAACAGGAUUUGGCCGGGGCUUUGCUCGCUCAUACCUUGAAAGAAGUUACAUAUUCUAACUACCUGCGCGAUGGUCAAGUCGUUGGUACCUUGAACAACACCGAAGUCCGUGUUUCAAUCAGAGGCGACGAUAUUUUCUUCAACAACGCAAAAGUGAUCGAAGCCAAUGUUCUUACCAACAACGGCCUUAUACACAUUCUUGAUUCCGUAAUCCAGGAUGGAGGCAAGCCCAGCGGGACCAGCAUCAGCACAGCCACGAAGGAGACUGCAAGUGCUACCUCGAGCAACGCUGAGACAACCCCAACCUCCAGUACUGUUUCACCAGAUCAAGUAAUGGGGUCGCGAUAUAAUGAUGAUGACUUACUCGAUGAGAUAAGAUCAAAGCUCAAAAAUGGCCUUGAAAAGAAAAACACGAAAGAAAAAUUCGCCACGCGAGGAAUGGUCGAGCAUGUCCUUUCGCUGUCAAAUCUGGAGCUUAUUUAUGAAGCCUGGAAAGCCACGAAUGCAAAAAUGCCAACGGACAACAACCAGUUCAACGCACAUAGAUUUGUGGAAUUGGUCAUGGAAAAAAAACUUCAACAUUUUUUGGCAGUUUUAAUUUACGCCAAAUGCUCAAUCGACGCCACAAAGGAAUUUCUGGUUAAGGUAGUGUUUGGAAAUGAAGCGGAGUUUCAAGAAGAAGACCAAGCGACACUAAAUCAAUCACCAGCGACACCAAACCUAUUACCAGCCAGCAAAGAAUCUCUUGAACGUCUCUUCUCCCGGGCAUCUGAUAGAGUAGACUUCUUUGAUGAGCAACAUACCUUCUGCACCCUGGUGGUUGGGGGCCUAGAACUUUUGAUGAUUCAUAGCGAUGACCAAAUUUCACUACCAUGGCUGGAGCAAGAGCAGAUCGGGACUGGGGCAUUUGGCAUUGUAUAUAAAGUCAAAAUCCCGGAGGGCCACUUGACCACGGAUGGGAAUCUCAGUCAGCCUACUUCAAGGCUCAUGACCGUCGCUCGCAAAGACUUUAUCCGCACCAACACCGCGGAGGCAAGUUUCAAGAAGGAGGUCAAAGCAAUCAGAGAUAUCUUCAGUGGCAAGGCGACGCAUGACAACAUCCUCAAGAGUUUUGGCACCAUUGUCAUAGAAGGAAAGCCAUCAACUUUUAGUCUUCUGAUGCCAUGUGCAGAUCUGGACUUGCAGGAAUAUAUGAAGAGAAAUCCGGUAAUAGCUCCUGACGAUACCAGUACACGAGAAAGCAUCAUUCGCUCUGCUAGAGACCUUGCAAGCGCCCUUGAUUUUCUUCACAGCAAAAUGACUACUGCAGAGAGCGAACCCAUUGUUUGCUAUCAUAUGGACCUUAAGCCGAGCAAUAUUCUCAUCUUUCACGAUACUCGCAGAAGAUCAGAAGCUUCCAAUCGUGACAUGAUAUGGAAGCUUAGCGACUUUGGCCUCUCGAGAGUGAAGACAAGAACAAGGACAAAAGCAGAUCUAAGUAAUCUCUUCAGGACACGCUUGAAAGACCAGUCCAGUCAGGCCUCAGGGACUCAAAACUUCCGAGGUACAGACAUGUAUCUACCAGUCGAAGCAGAACUAGAAGGCAGGACAAUGAAUGAGAAGAGUGACAUUUGGUCAUUCGGUUGUAUUCUCAGCCUCCUUUUUACUUACAUGGGAGAAGGAUACAAAGCUUUCGAAGGCUACAGCAACUCACGACUUCUGCAUAGUAACAAAAAUGUCGACUAUUUCUAUCAGUACAACAAAUCCAAGAUCGGGUUCGGGAUUAACCGCGGAGUUGUUAAGCAGCACGAAAAAUUGAUAAAAUCGGCUACCGAACGGAGUCCUUCAGAAGGAGGUGCUGUGAGAUGUAUGCUCAAGUCCCUGGAGACUGAAGUGCUCUUGAUCGAUCAGGGCAACCGGUGUGAUGCAAAAAGAAUUGUCAAAAUUUUGCAGACGACACUGGAAAAGUACACCACCGAGGAAAGCGAGCUCACCAUCACCGAAAACAACUCUAAACACCAUUUUCUAUUUCAAAAGGGAAAAGAUAAAGUUUCAGGCUUUUUCGGACGCAAAAGCAAGCAACCACUCGCACAGACAAAUAUUCGUCGAUGGAGACUAGAAGGGGAUAAGAAGCUAAAGUACAAAGACUGCGUGUGCUCGCCAGACGGUAGCAGGAUAGCUUACUGGACCAACGAAACCAUCACACUAUACGACGAUUGCUCUGGGUUAGCCAAUACGAUACCGUACCGCAGGGUUCAGAGUAUGGGUUCGAGAAUGAGUUCAACGGACAGUGAACGAGAGUCUACCCUGGCAGUCGCUGGACAGUAUUCUAUUGCAGAUUGGAGUCGGUCGUGGAGAUCAGUGAGGUUGACUAACAGAUAUUUAAUCGCAGCAACGACAGAUGAAUUGUUCAAUUGUUACAUAUUCGACGUCGAAUUUGACCGGACGCUGAACAUGUACAGCAGAGUAAUCCUGUCGCAUCCAGGAAUUCAUAUGCUGGAAGUUCAUCCCGAGGGGAACUCUUUAGCCUGUAUCCUUCGGGAUAACAUAGGCCGGCCUUCAUUUUUUACUGGCAAAAUUGCAUUCGAUCCAGCUCCUCAGCCUAUCACAACGGCAAGCAUCUAUUCGGACACGGCGAGGAGCGAGCACAGAGAUGCUGGUGUGUGUAUCGUUAAGCAAAAUGCUGCCCUCCCGGAAUUGCCUGAAGGCGAAAUCACCUGCCUGGCCUUUGAAACGAGCAAGCGGGGUUAUAUAAUUACUCGCAACGGUUCAACCCUAUCGGUGAAUGUAUUCAUCAUCGAGUCAUUGAAUAUACAACUGCAACACGACUUAAAGCAAACGUCCAUUAACAAUAAUAUCGAAAGAUUAUUUACCGACAUGGCAUGCCUGCAGAGUAAUGAUCAGAGCCAAAGAUUCGAACUCAUAAUCGCCUCACAAGCGGAGCGACUGUUUCAUCUCAGAUAUGAAGGGGUUGGAUCGAGUCCAACGGUAGUUAUCCAUCCGCCCAUCGAAGCCUAUCGUAUUCUCAAGAUCGCAACUGUCCAGCAUUCGAGAAAGAUUCUUGCUUUGGGGUCGCAUUCUGGGAGUGAUCAUCUAUUUCUUCUAAACAUUGAAACCCGAGGUCCAGAGGUUCGGCCGAAGAUCAAAAAGUUAGCAGAUAUCGGUAUAUCAGCGACGUAUCAAGCAAAGCUAAGUGUAUGUUAUGAGGGAAAUGAUAUCAUUGCACGUAUCAUGGUGGACAUGCUUGAGGGUCGGUAUUUGGUGUUCCAGGUAGAUGUCAGCAACUCGCUCGGUACAUAG